UUAUUAAGGUAUUUUAUGUAUAAAUAAGGCAAGUAUAUUCAGAUGAUUUAUAGUGCAACUUUUCAAUGUGCAUUCCCAACUUGGAAAAAUAGUGUGAUAAUUUAUAUAGAUCAAGAAUCGAGAUGAAGCUUAUUUUAGCUACCAUAUUUACAUUGGCAGUUAUAAUAUCAGCUGAACAAGUUUAUGAACCGCUUAAAUUUAAAAGAUCGCUUGAUCACCCUUGGGCUGUUAGUCCAAAUAUAAACAGAGAUGACAAUGGCAACGUCAAUACUGGUGUUAAUGUAAAAAAUAAAGGAAAAGAUCACGAAUUUGAAGCAGGAUGGAAUAAAGUCGUUAAAGGACCAAAUAGAGCUAAACCAACCUGGAAUGUAGGUGGUACUUUCAGAUUUAAAAGAUCGCCUGAUCAGCCUUGGGCAGUUAGUCCACAUAUAAACAGAGAUGAUAAUGGCAACGUCAAUACUGGUGUUCAUGUAAAAAAUAAGGGAAAAGACCAUGAAUUUGAAGCAGGAUGGAAUAAAGUCGUUAGAGGACCAAAUAAAGCUAAACCAACUUGGAAUGUAGGCGGUACUUUCAGAUUUAAAAGAUCGCCUGAUCAGCCUUGGGCAGUUAGUCCACAUAUAAACAGAGAUGAUAAUGGCAACGUCAAUACUGGUGUUCAAGUCAAGAAUAAGGGAAAAGAUCAUGAAUUUGAAGCAGGAUGGAAUAAAGUCGUUAGAGGACCAAAUAGAGCUAAACCAACUUGGAAUGUAGGUGGUACUUUCAGAUUUAAAAGAUCGCCUGAUCAGCCUUGGGCAGUUAGUCCACAUAUAAACAGAGAUGAUAAUGGCAACGUCAAUACUGGUGUUCAAGUCAAAAAUAAGGGAAAAGAUCAUGAAUUUGAAGCAGGAUGGAAUAAAGUCGUUAGAGGACCAAAUAGAGCUAAACCAACUUGGAAUGUAGGCGGUACUUUUAGAUUUAAAAGAUCGCCUGAUCAGCCUUGGGCAAUUAGUCCACACAUAAACAGAGAUGACAAUGGCAACGUCAAUUCUGGUGUUAGUGUAAAAAAUAAAGGCAAAGAUCAUGAAUUUGAAGCAGGAUGGAAUAAAGUUGUUAGAGGACCAAAUAGAGCUAAACCAACUUGGAAUGUAGGUGGUACUUUCAGAUUUAAAAGAUCGCCUGAUCAGCCUUGGGCAGUUAGUCCUCACAUAAACAGAGAUGAUACUGGCAACGUCAAUACUGGUGUUCAAAUCAAAAAUAAAGGAAAAGAUCACGAAUUUGAAGCAGGGUGGAAUAAAGUCGUUAGAGGACCAAAUAGAGCUAAACCAACUUGGAAUGUAGGUGGUACUUUCAGAUUUAAAAGAUCGCCUGAUCAGCCUUGGGGAGUUAGUCCACAUAUAAAUAGGGAUGAUAAUGGCAACGUCAAUACUGGUGUUCAAGUCAAAAAUAAAGGAAAAGAUCACGAAUUUCAAGCAGGAUGGAAUAAAGUCGUUAGAGGACCGAAUAGAGCUAAACCAACUUGGAAUGUAGGUGGUACUUUCAGAUUUAAAAGAUCGCCUGAUCAGCCUUGGGCAGUUAGUCCACAUAUAAACAGAGAUGAUAAUGGCAACGUCAAUACUGGUGUUCAAGUCAAGAAUAAGGGAAAAGAUCAUGAAUUUGAAGCAGGAUGGAAUAAAGUCGUUAGAGGACCAAAUAGAGCUAAACCAACUUGGAAUGUAGGUGGUACUUUCAGAUUUAAAAGAUCGCCUGAUCAGCCUUGGGCAGUUAGUCCACAUAUAAACAGAGAUGAUAAUGGCAACGUCAAUACUGGUGUUCAAGUCAAAAAUAAGGGAAAAGAUCAUGAAUUUGAAGCAGGAUGGAAUAAAGUCGUUAGAGGACCAAAUAGAGCUAAACCAACUUGGAAUGUAGGCGGUACUUUUAGAUUUAAAAGAUCGCCUGAUCAGCCUUGGGCAAUUAGUCCACACAUAAACAGAGAUGACAAUGGCAACGUCAAUUCUGGUGUUAGUGUAAAAAAUAAAGGCAAAGAUCAUGAAUUUGAAGCAGGAUGGAAUAAAGUUGUUAGAGGACCAAAUAGAGCUAAACCAACUUGGAAUGUAGGUGGUACUUUCAGAUUUAAAAGAUCGCCUGAUCAGCCUUGGGCAGUUAGUCCUCACAUAAACAGAGAUGAUACUGGCAACGUCAAUACUGGUGUUCAAAUCAAAAAUAAAGGAAAAGAUCACGAAUUUGAAGCAGGGUGGAAUAAAGUCGUUAGAGGACCAAAUAGAGCUAAACCAACUUGGAAUGUAGGUGGUACUUUCAGAUUUAAAAGAUCGCCUGAUCAGCCUUGGGGAGUUAGUCCACAUAUAAAUAGGGAUGAUAAUGGCAACGUCAAUACUGGUGUUCAAGUCAAAAAUAAAGGAAAAGAUCACGAAUUUCAAGCAGGAUGGAAUAAAGUCGUUAGAGGACCGAAUAGAGCUAAACCAACUUGGAAUGUAGGUGGUACUUUCAGAUUUAAAAGAUCGCCUGAUCAGCCUUGGGGAGUUAGUCCACAUAUAAAUAGGGAUGAUAAUGGCAACGUCAAUACUGGUGUUCAAGUCAAAAAUAAAGGAAAAGAUCACGAAUUUCAAGCAGGAUGGAAUAAAGUCGUUAGAGGACCGAAUAGAGCUAAACCAACUUGGAAUGUAGGUGGUACUUUCAGAUUUAAAAGAUCACCUGAUCAGCCUUGGGAAGUUAGUCCGCGCGUAAACAAAGAUAAUAAUGGCAACGUCGAUACGAGUUUGGAAACCAAAAAUAAGGGAUGA